GCACGCGCACGUCGGGCAGCCGGAUUUGUAGUCUGCUGGAGUUGUGAAGAUGGCAGCUGAGAUCAGGGUGUUGAAUGAAGCACGGCCCGCUGGAGACGUCUCUCGCGACUUACAGCGACUCAUGAACAGGAUGAAAGGAGAGCACAUGGUGGCAGGUGGGCGUGGAGUUGACUAUGAGGCUCUGCGUGACAGCCAGCUGUUUAAGGACUAUCUGUGGAGGACCCUGGAGCUGAGGUCUGUGGACCUGUCCACCCUGCAAGAUGCCGGGGAGAAAAAAGCUUUCUUCAUCAAUAUCUACAAUGCUCUAAACAUCCAUGGCCUGGUGCAGUGUAAACAGCUGCCUUCCUCUGUACUGGAUGUGCGACAGUUCUGGAAAACCACAGCCUACACCAUCGGGGGGCUCGUCUUCUCAUUAGAUGACAUUGAACAUGGGAUCCUUAGAGGCAACAGACCACACCCGUCUUCCACAGAGUGCCCCUUCCAGAAGGAUGACCCGAGACUGAGAUUUAGCCUGGAGACUCUUGAUCCCAGGAUACACUUCUCCCUGGUCUGUGGUGCCAAAUCAUGUCCAGCCAUCAGUGUGUACAAUGGUGAGAAUGUGGACCGUGCCCUCACAGCUGCAGCAAAGGGCUUCUGUGAACAGGAGGUGCUGGUAGACAUGAAGAGAAAAGAGAUUUCCCUCUCCAAGAUCUUCCAGUGGUACAGAAGUGACUUUGGCAAAGAUGAUGUAGAGGCUGUCAGAUGGACCAUCCCGUACCUGAGUGAAGACAAACAGUACGGAGUGGAGAGUCUUCUGUCCACCAUGGAGCAGGAGGGAGGGGUCAGUAUCCUGUACUCCGAGUACAACUGGCACCUUAACGACACUGAGAUCAUCCUCACGCCCCAGCAGGCCAGGUAUAAGAUGCUGGGAGUGCCUCUUGAAGACGUGGAGACUCUCUGAACUGCCUAUUAGUCUAACACCAUUCCUUAAACUUUAAGUGUCUCUUUUUUUCUUACAAAGUCAAUAUCUUAGCCAGACUAUAACACUACUUUAAGUGGUAUUUAUUGCAUUGCUGAAAUAGAGGAAGGGUCAUGUUUUGUGACUUUCAGUACCUUUUUUCACACUCGUCACUAACAGUAACACCAUUCCU